AUGCCCAGCUCCCUGGCAACUCUGCAAUUCCAUUGCACCGACAUCCUGCGACUGCUACCUACCAAAGUUUGGCGCCGUGCCACACCGAUUUCAAGAGGUAUCCCGCGCACACAUAGGACCGGCGACAGUCCCGUUCCAUCCCGCAGGUCAGGACGCUCUGCCGUGUACCGCGACGCGCCUUCAUCCCCAGAAUCAGGCAGCAUGCCCUCUCGCUCGCGCCAGUCUGCGCGUGGCGGCCGUCGCUCCGAGCAGUUUGACGGCGGUGAAAUCGUCACUGGCAAGCGCAAUCGUGGCACCAAAAAGAGCUACGUCGUCGAUUCCAGUCCGGACGACGAAGACGAAGACGAUAUGGAGGAUGAAGUCGAGGUGGAUCUCGAUGAGGAGGAUGCUGAAGGUGAGGAUGAGGUGGACAUGGAUGCCGAGGGUGAGGAUCUCGACGACGAUGGAGAUGUCCACAUGGAUGCAGCACCGCCCCCGCGCCGUAACAAGGUAACUAGUAUCAAAGUCUCGCGCUCCGCAAACCCUCGCAGCGCUGCCAGAGCGGCCGCAUCGCGCAUCGUUGCAGAUGAUGACGACGACGACGACGAGCUAAGCGAGCCAGACAGCGAUCUAGGGGCUGAGACGAUGGGCAUGGGUGAUGAGACCAUGGCCGAGGAAGAUGCCGAAGGAGAGGAGAUCGAGGUGGCUGGUGACGGCGAGGAAGAUGAGGAGGAGGAAGAAGAGGAAGAAGAUGAGGAGGACGAGGACGAUGAGCAAGAUGAAGAAGAGGAUGCAGAAGGCGAGGCCGACGUCCAAGAACUCAACAGCGACGAGGACGGCAGCCGCGCGGGCACACCAGACCUGGCCAAGAUGACGAAGCGCCAGAGAGCCCGCUUCGACGAGCAGCCCCAGGAAUACAUGAAGCUUUCUGAUGAGGUACAAGCGAAGAAAGUUUUCACCGCCGAAGAGCUGUCUAUGCGGCGCCAGGAAAUGGCUCGCCGUAGACGAAACCUGAGUGAGAAGCGCAACGAGGAAGUCAAGAUGGAGACUAUCAACAAGCUUCUCAAGAAACAAGCGCCAAAGACGAGCAAAAAGGGCGCCCGUGGCAACUCACCCGGGGCCGGCGCCAAGCCGGCCGAGACGCUGAUUCGGCGACGUGUUUGGGCCGCCGGGCAAGGGCAGCAGCGCAGUCAAGAUGGUGGAAGAGGUGGCGUAAAAAAGUGA